GUCGUCGUCUCCAUCUCGCUUUCGAUCGACCCAGAAAAUCUCCCCCCCCCCCCCACCCACCAAAAUCUCCUCCCCCUGAAGUCCCGAAGCUCGCGGAAGCGCCGAGAUGUACCACCCCACGAGAGGCGGCGUCCGCGGCGGCAGAGAUCAAUUCAAAUGGGACGAUGUGAAGGUUGACAAGCAUCGAGAGAAUUACCUUGGUCAUAGUGUUAAGGCUCCGGUUGGUAGAUGGCAGAAAGGAAAGGACCUUUUCUGGUAUACCCGGGAUAAGAAAUCUGACACGGAAGAUGCUCUGAAGGAAGAAAUAAGGAGAGUGAAGGAAGAGGAGGAACAGGCUAUGCGUGAGGCUCUUGGCUUAGCUCCUAAGCGCAGCAAUCGACCUAAGGGCAAUCGCUUGGAUAAGCACGAAUAUGCAGAGCUGAUUAAGAGAGGAUCAACUGCAGAGGACUUGGGAGCAGGGCAUGCUGAAGCAGCACAAGUGCAGGGUCUAGGAUUGUACAAGGCUCAUCGUGAUGAGGGCGAAUCGAGUUCUUUGAACCUUGAUCCUCCUGAAAUGGAGCCUGAGCAGGCUGACCCCCCACCAGCACCCAAGCAGGAGGAUUCGGAGGAUGAUAAAAAGGGGAAAAGGCGGCGUGAACGUGAUGAGAGGAGAGGGGAGAAGGAGCGAAAACGAGAUAAGCAUGGUGAUGGAAAGGAGAGGAGGCGAGACAAGCACGAGAGGAGGCACGACUUGGAGGACAGGUCAAAGCGGCACCGCAAAGACAAGCAGAAGAGGAGGCAUGAUUCUGAUUCUGAUUGAUAAUGGCCCUGCGCCUGUAUGACUAUCGUGUACUGGGAUAUUUCACACCCAUGGAUCUGUUUUUGUUUGAUGUAGUGUAAACUGUAAAGCCAAUGGAUAUGCCUAUGCUUUAAAUUCUGUUUGCCCAAAUGCUGUUAAAGGUAAAAUGGUCUUUCAUUCA